AUGUUUGUCUCCGUCAUCUGGACACCAUGUUUCGAUGACUUCACCUGCGCGAACCUCAUAGUGCCGCUAGAUUACGACGACGUAUCCGCCGGCGAAACCACAAUCGCCUUUAUUCAGCAAGCAUCAAACCUCACCGACGCUCAAGAUAUUCUCAUCAACCCCGGCGGACCAGGCGCCUCAGGGGUGGGCACCCUGCUCGCAGCCGCGCAGCUCUUCCGACCGUACCUGGGCCAGAAGCACAACAUCAUCAGUUUUGAUCCGCGCGGCGUCAACAACUCGGGCCUACGUCUCGACUGCCUCCCAGACGCGCCGGCAGUCGCGCAAUACUAUGACAGCCAGAUCCUGCAACCCGUAGAUCCGGAAAGCGAUGCAUCCAUCUCGGAGGCCUAUACGCUCGCCGACGGCUUCGGGCAGUUAUGUUCCAACGCCCAUCGAGAUGACGAAGCAGGCUACGCCAACUCCGUGGCCGUGGCCGGGGACAUUGUUGCAUUUCGCAAAGCUGCGGGCGCCGAAUACGUCGGAGGCCGAUGUACUAUCUACUCGUCGCCGUGUACGAUUCUGUGA